CGGAUGUGAAAUGCGUGCCUCUGGGAGCCUCCGCGCGGCUGGUGUUUGGGCUCGCGCAGCGUGGGGGCGGGGCUUGCGCGGCAGUUGGCGGACACGGCAGAGAGGAGCCAGCAGUCGCGCUCAGCCGUCCGAACUCGGAGCGUCUCGUUGUUUCCUACAAAUGGCAACGACCGCAGAGGAGCUGCGGGAGCCGGCGGACGCCGCCGCGCCGCCCGCCCGGCACCGCCUCAACAGCAACAACAACAAUAACAACAACAACAAAGACACGGAGGCGGCGGCGGGGGACAGCGCGACCUCCGCCACCGCCUCCGAACCCGGCGGGACGGCGUCGCAGGGCACCGGGAACGGUUCGGUCAUCCACCCCAACGGAAAGUGGGUCCGGCUGAACGUCGGCGGGACGGUGUUCCUCACAACGCGGCAGACGCUGCUGAAGGAGCAGACGUCGUUCCUGUACCGGCUGUGCCAGCAGCAGGACCUGCACUCUGACACGGAUGAAACUGGAGCCUAUGUGAUCGACAGAGACCCAACCUACUUUGGUCCCAUCCUCAACUACCUGCGGCACGGCAAGCUGGUUUACAACAAGGAGCUGGCGGAGGAAGGUGUCCUGGAGGAGGCAGAGUUUUACAACAUCACGCCGCUGAUCAAACUGAUAAAGGAGAGGAUCAGUGAGAGGGACUCCAAAGCCACACAGCAGGUACCGCCCAAACACGUCUACAGGGUGCUGCAGUGCCAGGAGGAGGAGCUGACCCAGAUGGUCUCCACCAUGUCGGACGGCUGGAAGUUUGAGCAGGUCAGCGUGCGCACCUGCAGAAAGCCCCGCACCGGACUGCUCUGGACUAUGGUGAACAUCGGCUCCUCCUACAGCUACGGGACGGAGGACCAGGCUGAGUUCCUCUGCGUCGUAUCCAAGGAGCUCCACACGGCCGGCUCGGGCCUGGGGACGGAGCAGAGCCACAAAACCAAGCCGCCAGAGAUGCCGGAGGAGGAGGAGGAGGAGGAGGAGGCAGCGAAGGAGGCAGAAGCGGGAGGGAGAGAAACCACACCGAAUGAGUGGCUUAGAGAAUGAGGGAGUCAUGUUUCUUUGUGCCAAAGGGAGGCAGGAAUGGCUUUUCCAGCUCCACGGCUCCCGCAUGUGAACCGACGGGACGCCGUGGGGGCGGCGCACCAGUGGGCCGUCAUCAAAACCCACAUUUUAGUUUAACCAGAUGCUCGACGGCGUCGGCAGACCGGGAGAAAGAAAAAUCACGGCCAGUUGUAGCAAGACGCCUCAGAACCUUUUAUUUCAGUGUCGCUUUUCGUAGAUCGCCGCAGGGCAGAAAUGGAGCUUAGUAAAUCACAACCAAAGAUUCCCAGCUGGACCUCCUGACCCACCCAGAGGCUGGCGUGGCGCCGCUGACAGGGCGAAGGAUUCAACAUCUGGAUGGUGACUCUUCCUGCCGCGGCAUCUGUCAGUUACACCCACCCCACAGUGAUGGAGGCGGCACUUCCCUGCUUUUAUUCAUGCUGCAUCACAGGAAGUCAGCACAGCGUGUGAAACCUUCAGCUGCUAAACGCCAGGCGUCGUUUCCAGCUGGUUUUAUUCAUAAAACCACAUCUGGACAGUUCUCUCCUAACCCGAGGUUGCAUUUAUCCGGCUUCCUGCAUCAUUUCCUUUUUAUCACGACGAUACGACUCUCUGCUCCAUCGCCUCUGCAGGACUGAUGAUCGUCUGCUGUUGUCAGCGGCAGAUCUGAUCCCUAAAGCAUCUUUCUCAUGCAUAUUAAAGGGGUAGGCGUGUCAGACGCAUGCAAAUUAAUAAACCAUUUUCAUAACUGCUAUAAAAGAGACAUUUUUGGCCUUUUUAGACGUAUUUGUUUAGAAAUGUGAGGGUUAUACUGCUCUGAGAUGCACAGGCUGGUCCUAAAUCUUUGCUGGAGGAACCUGAGAAGUUGCUGCUGAUCGCACACCUGAGUACCAUGGUGCUGCUGCCCCUCCAGAGGCAGCAGCACCAUGAGCCGUUGAAUAAAGUACAGGAAGGUCUGGCCUGUUGGAAGCAGAAUCCAAAGGAAUGAUGGGUGCUGGAAUACGGCCCGUUCUGAAGCGACAGCAGAGAGGGGGGGGGGGGGGGGGGAUUAUCUCUGCCUCCCAGACGUCUGCAGCCGAGUUAAGUGCCGUCUGUCAGCAGAUUACCAGCCACCUCCUGCUGUUGCACCGACUGACCACUGCAGCCAAUUAAAGCACCAAUUAGAGACAAUCGAGGCUUAAAACCAUUUCUUUGUGUUUCUGUAGAUCAACUCUGUGUGAAAGUAGAGCUCCAGUAUCUUUAGGAGCCCAUAAAUGUUAGAAUAGUGGAUUUACACUUUAUGAACUAGCAGAUGAUAAUCUUUAGUAAGGAUGCACAAUAUGUUGGCAUUAAUGUCGAUAUCGGCCGAUGUUAGUCAUUUUUAAACAUCGGUAUCGGCCGGUGAGGAAAACUGGGCUCAUAUUAAUACCCGUCUGUUUCCAUCAUGUGAAAAUAAUGCUGUUUAUCUGCAGCAGAGAAACGCCGUGUCCAAAGGGUAGAGAAAUAAUAAUUAUGUUGGUAAAUUCUGGCCGUACCACUAAUAUUAAGGUCGGGUAUAGAUGUGGGCCCAGAGCUUAAGCAGUCGGUGCGUCCCUGGAGGUUAGAGUCAGACGGACUGACGGCGACGCCGCCAUCUUUGUUACUUCCAGUCUCUGUAACUCAGAUCAUUCAGUGCCUUGAGUUAAAGCAGGAAGACUGACCCGACGCGUUCAGAUGUGAACACUUUUUUACUUCUCUACAUUAUUCUGAUGAAAUGUGUACAUGACAUUUUAUUUAUUUCUGUUUUGCGUGUUUGAUGGGGGGGGGGGGGUCUUUAUUGGAGUGCUACUGUUUUUUCUUUAAAACUGAACGAUCAGGUUUUCUGAUUAUUUUAGGUUUACAUGGAUGUUCUUCCUCCUCUGGAUUACACUGGUGUAUCUCAAUAAACGGGAGAAGAUCAACAUAAAGUUUAUUCCAGUAAUUAAAAAACAAAUAAGAUUUGUUGCACACAGUGAUUAUAUUUAAUUAGUUUAUUUUAGUGAAAACCCAACGUUCGUUCCUCAGAAAAUCUGAAUGUCAUAUCAGAGCCGUAUAUAAAUCAGAAAUGAUCUGUUACAGGCGUGUUAUGGUCUCUACAAUCAUGGGGAAUAUAGAUCAGCUGGAGUAAAAAAAAAAAACAUGAGGGGGGGGGGGGGCUUUGUUAAGCUGCCUGUUCAGUGCUGCAUCCAGAUUCAUGGAAAGUUGAGUGGAAGGAAAACAUUUUUGGCAUAAAUCCAGACAAUCAGAGCCAGGGGCUGAUGGCCUCCGUGCCGCGCCGCAUUGAUGCAUGAAUUCAAGCAAAAGGAGCCCAGACCCGGUACCGAGAGCAGAUACUGUACAGUACAGGGAUUUACACUCAAUAGGAACAUGUUUCUGUCUUUAAUGACAUUUUCUGAGAAACAGAAUUUCGGGUUUUUGUCAGCUGAGCCACAAAAACAUCCAAAUUAACAGCAAUAAACGUUUAACUGUGUAGGUGAAGCUAUCUGCAAGCUUCACCUUUUAUAUUAGAUUACUAUUUAUUGAGAUGCACCAAACCUUCCUUUGCAUGUUAUUUUCAGUGGUCUGCACGGUUUCUGCUGUUUUUAGCGUCUGACGCAGAAAGGUCCACCUAGUGUUGCUCUUUAAACGCGGCGUGCAGAAAACAAAAAAACCCAGACGUAUCAGGCUGAAGCGGCUGGAAGACGCCUCUCUGCGAUGCUGGACUUUCUUUGACCCGCUGCCCUCAGAGCAGCGCCGUGUUUUCUUUCUGUAAAACAACGCGACACCUGAAAUGUACCGCCUCUGCUGAACCUGCAAGGCUUUAAGUGACGCUGCGUUUUAUUGUGCUGCAGCCGUUUCAUCAGGAUCUGAACAAGUCACCUUCCAACAAAACAGGAAGUUAGUUCUUUAUUUUUUAUUAUUAUUGUCUGAUUAUCACUGUUGUCUACAAAAAUAAAGAUUUCUUUGGCUUAA